CUUAACGCUCGAUAAUACAACUUACUUUGUUCAGUGUUUAUGAUCAUGGCGGUGUAGUUAAUCGAAUCUAUCAAAGUGCAAUUCACACAUAUGAACAAACGUAUGAUCAAGCACGCACGAUCGCUGGCACGCACCGAGCGGUUGAUAUCCAUUGCAGGCGUGCAAGUGUAGUUGCCUCAUGUGAAAACAGUAUGUCAGCCUCGGUGCAAUAGCCGUUGGUUUUGUGUCUUUCGCAAACUACCCACAGGGUAUCUCUUGCAAACGCUGUGUAACGAAACGAGACGAAAGAAACGUAAAAUUACUUGUGAAAGGUGCCGUGCAACGUUCCAACACCAUUACUGUGUCACUGGGCUUGCGUACCUAUCCGAGGAUCUUCUUUAGGAAAGCCAAAAAUUAAUCAAGAUGACUUGCGGCAUUUCUUGUGUGGACAAUGCGCUAAACAAAUCCUUCUUCAAGCUGGGUCUCUUUAUCGGAAGGCAUCCGGGCUACUUUCUGAUAGUACCUGUCCUAUUAGCUCUUCUAUGUAUGACCGGCUUUCAACAAAUAAAAUACGAAAUCGACCCAGAGUAUUUGUUCUCGCCAAUCCGUGGUGAGGGCAAAUCGGAACGUGCCAUCGUUGAGAGCUACUUCAAGGUCAACUAUACGCACCGUUUCAACGUUGGAAGAAUUACUAGGCCGGGACGGUUCGGUCGAGUAAUUGUUAUUUCCAAGGACGAACAUAACAAAAAUCUAUUGCGAAGCGAGGUUUGGCAGGAGCUGCGACUGCUGGAUGGAAUUAUACAAAACGCCACGGUCCACUACGAUGGAGAAACAUUCACCUACCGUGAAGCUUGCGCUCGUUGGGAAAAUGAAUGCUUUACGAACGACAUUCUUAAUUUGGAUAAAAUCAUCGAUGAGGUUGAAGCAGGUGACUUAAAUUUAACAUUCCCAGUAAUGUUCAAUCCCGUGACGUGGGAUGCGCACGUCUUUCCGGUAUUCUUCGGUGGAACGCAAGUAUCGGAAGAUAAUCUGAUUAUUUCGGUACCAUCGCUGCAGUUAGUUUACUUUGUAACGGCUGACUCCAAACGCCAGGAUGCGCGUGGUGCUGCCUGGGAGGAAGCGUUCCUUGAGGCCGUUGGAUAUGCAGAAGAUAAUGGAGUAUUUAAAUACAUCUCUGUUGCACGUUUCGCUUCGCGCACACUCGACCACGAGCUGGAGCGAAACACGCGAACUGUGGUGCCGUACUUCAGCUCAACUUUCAUCCUGAUGAUAGCGUUCAGCGUGGUGACCUGCAUGAUGGGUGACGUGGUACGAUCCAAACCCUGGCUCGGUCUGAUGGGUAACGUGUCGGCUGUGAUGGCAACCUCUGCCGCGUUCGGGCUGGCCAUGUAUCUGGGCAUCGAGUUCAUCGGAAUCAAUUUGGCGGCACCGUUUCUUAUGAUUGGUAUCGGAAUCGAUGAUACGUUUGUCAUGUUGGCUGCUUGGCGCCGAACGUCCGUGAAACUGUCCGUCCCAGAGCGUAUGGGCCACAUGAUGUCGGAAGCAGCCGUCUCAAUCACCAUCACCUCGCUCACCGAUAUGAUCUCCUUCUGGAUUGGUAUCCUCAGCCCCUUCCCGUCCGUGCAGAUCUUUUGCGCGUAUAGCGGAUUUGCCGUUUGCUUCACCUACCUCUGGCACAUAACAUUCUUUGCCGGUUGCAUGGCCGUAUCUGGACACUGCGAGUUCAAAAAUCUGCAUGCCAUCUUCGGAUACAAGGUUCUGCCGGAAUCGGUUGCUAUAAAAGAAAAACGAUCAUGGCUGUAUCGGAAGUUGAACACGGGUGGAAUUAACCGAGACGAUCCGGAUAAUCCUAUCGACAACCGGGAACAUGUACUGAUGGCAUUCUUCCGCGAGACUAUGGCACGCAUACUGAACAAGGGCUGGACGAAAACCAUCAUUCUGGUAAUAUUUGCAGGCUAUUUAGGAGGAGCCUGCUUCGGUUUGACCAAGAUCAAAGAAGGUCUGGAACGACGUAAGCUGUCUAAAGCGGAUUCCUACUCGGUGAAGUUCUUUGACCUGGAGGACGAGUACUAUCGGGAGUUUCCGUACCGCAUACAGGUGAUCGUGACGGGCGAUCUCAACUACUCGGAUCCCAACACGCAAAUGCAGAUCGAAGAAUUGAUGCAAUCCCUGGAGAACACCUCGUACGUUACCUCACCACUCUACAGUGAAUCUUGGCUGCGAUCGUUCAUCUCGUAUGUCGAUCGAAACAAUGACUAUCUUAACCUGACGCUGGACAGUGAGCAAGCGUUUAUCGAUGCACUGCGCGAGAUCUGGCUGUUCCCGGCAAACCCAUUCUCGCUAGAUGUGAAAUUCAACGAAAAAGGCACUAAAAUACUUGCCUCGCGCUUUAUGAUACAAGCGGUCAACAUUACGGAUACGAACCACGAAAAGGUUAUGGUAAAAGAUUUGAGACAAAUAUGCAAGGAUUCGCCGCUGAACGCAACCGUGUUUCAUCCUUACUUUGUGUUUUUCGAUCAGUUCGAGCUGGUGCGACCCACCUCCAUACAGUCAAUGAUUGUCGGUGCACUGAUCAUGAUGUUGAUUUCGUUCAUCUUUAUACCGAACUUCCUCUGCUCACUGUGGGUUGCUUUCUCGAUCAUUUCGAUUGAGCUGGGCGUUGCCGGCUAUAUGGCGCUUUGGGACGUGAAUCUCGACUCGAUCUCGAUGAUCAAUCUAAUCAUGUGCAUCGGUUUCUCGGUGGACUUUACGGCUCACAUCUGUUACACCUACAUGUCGUCCAAGGCACGUACACCGGACGAACGCGUCCGGGAGGCACUGUACAGUUUGGGCAUGCCAAUUGUGCAGGGUAGUACGAGUACGAUACUGGGCGUGGUGGCGCUAUUGCUAGCGGACAGCUACAUCUUCCUGGUGUUCUUCAAGAUGGUGUUUUUGGUGAUAUUUUUCGGUGCGAUGCAUGGUCUGUUCCUGUUGCCUGUUUUGCUGUCCCUUUUCGGGCCUGGGUCAUGCACGUCCGGUUACCAUCCGGAUGAUGAUCACAAACUGUCUCCGGUAGAAAAGACCUAUCCGCAUCCGUACUGCAUUUCGCAUCCCCAGCUAGCGUUGACCGGUGCUUUCGGUAGUAAAAAUUUCCUCGGUGCACCGUACAAAGCGUACGGUGAGGAUAAGGAUCUGGGCAUCGGAACUUCUGGUGAAGAUUCGAGUGAAAGCUCUAGCAGCAAGUCCCAGCGGCGGCAGGCAAUCGAGGAUGAAAACACACGCCGCCGUUACGAAGAAGGUUGGAGACGCUCGACACACAAUCUUACCGGCCAGAGCCAAUUUCAGCCCAUGCUAGAUCUUUACGGACAGGAGGCGCUGUGGACCAAAACCACCGGUAAAGGUCCGUUGAAAAUAGCAAACGGCCGAUACGGGUACGAUGACAUGCUGCUCAAUGUGGCCCAAGGACAAACUACGGUUAAACAGCCACGUUCAGCAGACUUUGAGCUGGACCGAACGACAGAAGAUCGGCGUGAUCGAAGGAAAUCGGACGACGAACGAUACAAGUCCCGGUACGAAGAUAAUCGAACGUUUGUGGACGAUGAAAUGAUGGACGAUGCCGAUUAUCAGCAUACCAAUCGUUACUACGUUUACGACACCAGCCACGUUAAGCGCCUUUCUAACGAUAGUGGAGCGGCGGGUAGUAGCAUCACCAACAACAAUCCUGCCGGUGCCAGUCUGCACCAUAUGAGCCACGGCAACAGUGGUGGUACGGCGAACGAUAACCAAGCAGCGGCCAGCACAACACGUAGAAAGUUUUCCGACGAAAGCGACAAACGCCGACGUCACAGUGACGAACGUCGCCCACGAAAGUUUUCCCCACCGGAAGGCAUAUACAAGCAGAACCCGCAUCGCUCAUCGUCGCAACAUAAUCUGUACUAUCCUCGGCAACCACCGCAGCGGACGGCCUCCCAAAGCAGUCUGCACCAGCUGCGGCAUAUGGGCGACAUGAGAUUUCCUUAACCACCCUCCAAUUUCCCCCAAUCAUCAAUUUCCCAUAUUUCAUCACUCAACAUUUAACGGAUGAACUGACUCAUUGUAAACUGUGUACGUAAGCGUCAAACGAAUUGUCCAUGUGUGCGUGUUUUAGUAUGUGUGUUUGAAUGUGUGUUGUUGGUGUGAAUGGCAGAAAGAAAGCACAUAUUGCAUAGGAAAAUAUCAUGGAAUGAAUGUUCUUAAUCGCAGAAUAGUAGUAAUUUUAAAAAAAUGUAACGAUUGUCCAUCAAAGCACGAUUCCUGAUUUAAAUCGGCGUGGCUCACCCUCAUCGAUUGUACGACGGACGCCACUGUAGUAGCGUAAAGCCGUCACAUGGCUGUAGCGCUCUAGCUUUCCCUUUUGUUUACGUAUAUUUACUGUUUAGCAUAAAUCCUACAUCGACUUUCCGCAAGGGAGCUGCUAUGGAUACGGUAACAGAGGGUUGCUUUGACCAAAACGAUGUUUUGCCUAGUAAAUUUCGUUUUCAAAUGAAACAGGCUUGCAUUGGGCUGGGGCUUAUUUAAGGUGCCGGUUGGCUUUGGUAAGAAAACGUGUGCUCAGCGUUAGUAAAUUUAAAAAUAAAAUAAAAAAAAAUUGAUUCUUUCUCAAAAACGUAUCAGAAAUUUAAAACGGAUGAAGAUAAUGCAGUCGAUUAGAUAGAGGACAGAUAGAGCGAACAACGUGAUUCCCGAGUUGAUGUAGCAUGUAACAGCUACGCUGCGUAUGUUUAUGACCUAUUGCGUGUCAUCUGUACAGAAGAGUUCGGUGGUAGUAUAUUGGCUAAUAUUGUCUACUGAACGGCCCUUCAGCUUAGACUGCUACUAUUAUUAGAGCAACGAAACGAAAUAUCGCAAAACCGUUGCUGCUGAUUGACUUGAUGCUAACAUGUAAGCUUGUGUAUAAACCAUAAUAUUACGGUCUUCCUUUCCCUAUGGCGCAGGGUUGCGCUUAGUUACUCAAAUUCUCUCACUCAUAAGUUUUUUUUCUUAUCGUUCUUCAGUUUUGUUUUUUUCUCUUCCUAAGUGAUCUUCGUUUUUUCGACUUUUUCAAUAAGCUUAAGAAAGUACAGAAUCGCGCUUUAUGAUAAAAAAAGUUGGAAAAGAGAGAAACAACAAAACAUAAACGAAAAACAAAUUUUGUCGUAGGUCUAUCGUUGAUAGCCUGGUUGCUGGUUGUAUGUGAAACAUUUUCGAUUGAUUUGGCAACAUAGUUCAA